CAUAUGGCAUAAAAUGUAUGUCGUGGAAGCCGUUUCACUACAAUAAGUAAAUUGUAUUUUUGUUUAUAAUAUGCCCAAAAUUCGUUUAAACGUGUAAAUAAUUUAAGAAAUUAUAACUUAUAUUUGUCGAAAUGAUAUUUUAUAGCUUGAAUAUGUGUAUAAAGUGACAAUGUUUACUAUAAAUGUUGAAGGAACAUCACGUGUUGCUCUGAAUAAUUCGUGUAAAUAUAUUAAAUUGGUAUAGCGUAUAAUCGUUAAUGGGAAUAAUCAUUUAACUAUUUUUAAAAAAUGAUUAAAAUUAAUUCACCUGAUGAUGUGAGAGAAAUUCUUCAAUCCUAUACCAGAGAAAAUGAGCAUUUUUCUCUAUUAUGCAAAAAAGAAGAAAAUACUAAUCCUGUCUCAUCAAGACUAAUUUUAAGUGAAAAUACAACUCAGGAUAUAAAUAACGAUUCAUAUUGUUGGAUAUGUCACAAAGAAGGAAAUGUAUUAUGCUGUGAAGGAUGUCCCAGAGUAUUUCAUCUCCGUUGCUUGGGAGAAGAGGAGGAACCUCCUGGAGAUUGGGUAUGUCCCGAAUGCCAAGCCAUAAUGAAAGCUGAAGAUGUUGAUGCUCGUUCUCCUUCUAUGGCAAUGUUAGACAUCAAUGAAUUAUGCCGAUUAUUAAAAUUUGCUCUUCAUAAAAUGAAAAAUCAUGCUCCUGAAGCUUUCUUAAGACCUGUAAACACUGAACAAUUUCCAACAUACUCCCAUUAUGUUUUCCAUCCUAUGGAUUUUAGUACACUCGAGAAAAAUAUUCAAGCAAAGAUGUACGGAUGUACUCAGUCAUUUCUGGCAGAUGUAAAAUGGAUUUUACACAACAGUACUAUAUUUAAUGGACAUAAUCAUCAGUUGACCAACAGUGCAAAAAAUCUGGUAAAAUUAUGCAAAUAUGAAAUGGAAGAAAUAGAAAUUUGUCCCGACUGCUACUUACAUUCUUGCAUGCAUAGAGAACAUUGGUUUUGUGAACCAUGUAGAAAGCCACAUAUUGUUGUAUGGGCUAAACUGAAGGGAUUCCCAUUUUGGCCAGCUAAAGUUAUGAGGAUCAUAAAUGGUAAUGUUGAUACCAGAUUUUUUGGAGCACAUGACAGAGCAUGGGUUCCUGUAAAUCAAUGCUAUUUACUUUCAAAAGAAAUGCCAACACAAUUAAAAUGCAAAAAGAAAGGAAAUUUUGAAGCCGCUCUUGAAGAAAUUACCAUUUACGCAUACAGAAUAAGAGAGAUUUUCGGAACUUUUGAAUACGCUCCUAUCCGUCAACCAUUUGACCCCAAUAAUCCUCCUUUUUACAGUACUCUCAUUAAUCCAAAGGUUCUAGAGUUAACUUAUUCUCCAUCAUCAAGUAAUGUAGCAUCACCAAUUUCUACAUAUAAUACUCCAAUCUCUACUCCAGAUAGUUCAAUAAAAUUUUCUCAAGAAAUAAAGCAGUCAAAAUCCAAAGAAGGCCGUUAUGGAAAAUCACAAAGUAAUAAAGCUUCCAGGAAAUUAAAUUUCGCCAGUACCAAACCGGCAUCAACACCCGACGAAGAGAAACCUCAAACACCCCAGCAGCCAAUUGAAUUGAUUAAACCCAAGACUAAUACAAAAAAGCGUCCUCCUCCCGUUGGAAUCUUUGAAGUGAGUGACGAAUCUAGCAUUAAAAUGCCCGCUUUGUUAGAAAUUAAUAUUCCUAAGUUAAACUUGAAAAAAGUCGAUCAGAGUCAUGGAAAAAUAAUCGAGAAAUUAGAAUCGAAGAUUCAGCAGAUAAAAGAAAUAAGUAAGGAUGAAUCUGAUAACGAAACUGACCUACAACAUAGUUCAUCACAGUUUUCUUUACCGUCUAUACAGAGCACAGAAAUAAAAUCAGAAUGCGCAGAUGAAAAUAUUAUUAAUACAAAAACUAAUGUAAAAACUGAAAAGAAAGAGAAAAAGGGUGACAAGUGUGACAAUAAAACAGCUACAAAUGCAUUAUCGGAUAGUGAUUCCGAAGAUCGGCCACUUGCAGAAUUGUGUAAUGUCACGCCAAAGAAAAAAGAUACCUUUUCUCAAAAAUUACAUCAUAUAAUAGAAUCAUGCAAGGCAAAACUUGGCAUUAAAGAAAUAAAGGAUGAUAUUGAUAUCAUUGAAUCUGAUGAGGAGUAUUUGGGUGAUCAUUCCAUAAAUGAAGGAAGUGCUUCAGAUGAGGAUCAUAAAGAAAAGCAAAGCAAACCGAAUUUUGAGUCGGAGGGAAAACCAUCUAGUAUUUCACAAUCACCAACUACAUCUAAGUCAUUUAUGAACACUAAAGGUGAAAAUAAAUCUAAUAGGCGUAAGUCUGCCGAAAGCAAAAAGUCUAAAGAUAAAACUUCCGAUAACGAUUUAGAUUCUUUGUCCGAUGAUUCCCAACCUUUAGCUGUCAUUGUUCAGAAAGCUAAGAAAGCAAAACAAACAGAAGUUUUCAGUAAACCUGAAGAAAAACAAGAGAAUGUAAAGGAUAAAGAUAAUAUUGCUUUAUUAUCAUUACAACAAGAUGUAUUAGAACUUACUAAUCAAACUAGCAUUAAAAAAAGUGGAAAAACUGAUAAAGAAAAAGUACAAAAAAAAUCAGAAGCUAAUAAUGAAGAAUGCAUUCAAGAAAUAGAACAGCAACAAAAUGAAGUAGGUGAAAAAAUUGAAGAGAAUUUCAUAGACAAUGAUUCGAAUGCAUCAAAGCUGGAAGCUAAGUCAUAUACACCAAUGGUGGUGGAUUCUGGCUUUGACGAGCAACGGACAACAUUAUCAAACAUGUCAGAUCUUGAUGGUCUUAAAAUGACAGUCAAAAAUCUCCAACUAGAAAUUGAAAGACUUCAAUGGUACCAUCAACAAGAAAUAGCUGAAUUGAAGCAUAAUGCAGAUUUAGUUCUUCUGGAAAUGAGAGCAAGCAUAGAAGCAGAUAAACAAAGAGCAAUAACGGAAUUGAUGCAACAAAGUGAAAGAGAAAAGCAAAAGGCUGUAGACGAAACAAAGAAGAAACAAUGGUGUGCUAAUUGUGGAAAAGAAGCUGCAUUCUAUUGUUGCUGGAAUACAAAUUACUGCAAUCACACAUGUCAGCAGACACACUGGCCUAAACACAUGCUUGCCUGUGGUCAAUCUAAAUCUGACACUCAUCUUAUACAGAAACCCCAGGUUAGUGGUACUGAUAUUUCAGAUAAUCAUCAGUUGACCAACAGUGCAAAAAAUCUGGUAAAAUUAUGCAAAUAUGAAAUGGAAGAAAUAGAAAUUUGUCCCGACUGCUACUUACAUUCUUGCAUGCAUAGAGAACAUUGGUUUUGUGAACCAUGUAGAAAGCCACAUAUUGUUGUAUGGGCUAAACUGAAGGGAUUCCCAUUUUGGCCAGCUAAAGUUAUGAGGAUCAUAAAUGGUAAUGUUGAUACCAGAUUUUUUGGAGCACAUGACAGAGCAUGGGUUCCUGUAAAUCAAUGCUAUUUACUUUCAAAAGAAAUGCCAACACAAUUAAAAUGCAAAAAGAAAGGAAAUUUUGAAGCCGCUCUUGAAGAAAUUACCAUUUACGCAUACAGAAUAAGAGAGAUUUUCGGAACUUUUGAAUACGCUCCUAUCCGUCAACCAUUUGACCCCAAUAAUCCUCCUUUUUACAGUACUCUCAUUAAUCCAAAGGUUCUAGAGUUAACUUAUUCUCCAUCAUCAAGUAAUGUAGCAUCACCAAUUUCUACAUAUAAUACUCCAAUCUCUACUCCAGAUAGUUCAAUAAAAUUUUCUCAAGAAAUAAAGCAGUCAAAAUCCAAAGAAGGCCGUUAUGGAAAAUCACAAAGUAAUAAAGCUUCCAGGAAAUUAAAUUUCGCCAGUACCAAACCGGCAUCAACACCCGACGAAGAGAAACCUCAAACACCCCAGCAGCCAAUUGAAUUGAUUAAACCCAAGACUAAUACAAAAAAGCGUCCUCCUCCCGUUGGAAUCUUUGAAGUGAGUGACGAAUCUAGCAUUAAAAUGCCCGCUUUGUUAGAAAUUAAUAUUCCUAAGUUAAACUUGAAAAAAGUCGAUCAGAGUCAUGGAAAAAUAAUCGAGAAAUUAGAAUCGAAGAUUCAGCAGAUAAAAGAAAUAAGUAAGGAUGAAUCUGAUAACGAAACUGACCUACAACAUAGUUCAUCACAGUUUUCUUUACCGUCUAUACAGAGCACAGAAAUAAAAUCAGAAUGCGCAGAUGAAAAUAUUAUUAAUACAAAAACUAAUGUAAAAACUGAAAAGAAAGAGAAAAAGGGUGACAAGUGUGACAAUAAAACAGCUACAAAUGCAUUAUCGGAUAGUGAUUCCGAAGAUCGGCCACUUGCAGAAUUGUGUAAUGUCACGCCAAAGAAAAAAGAUACCUUUUCUCAAAAAUUACAUCAUAUAAUAGAAUCAUGCAAGGCAAAACUUGGCAUUAAAGAAAUAAAGGAUGAUAUUGAUAUCAUUGAAUCUGAUGAGGAGUAUUUGGGUGAUCAUUCCAUAAAUGAAGGAAGUGCUUCAGAUGAGGAUCAUAAAGAAAAGCAAAGCAAACCGAAUUUUGAGUCGGAGGGAAAACCAUCUAGUAUUUCACAAUCACCAACUACAUCUAAGUCAUUUAUGAACACUAAAGGUGAAAAUAAAUCUAAUAGGCGUAAGUCUGCCGAAAGCAAAAAGUCUAAAGAUAAAACUUCCGAUAACGAUUUAGAUUCUUUGUCCGAUGAUUCCCAACCUUUAGCUGUCAUUGUUCAGAAAGCUAAGAAAGCAAAACAAACAGAAGUUUUCAGUAAACCUGAAGAAAAACAAGAGAAUGUAAAGGAUAAAGAUAAUAUUGCUUUAUUAUCAUUACAACAAGAUGUAUUAGAACUUACUAAUCAAACUAGCAUUAAAAAAAGUGGAAAAACUGAUAAAGAAAAAGUACAAAAACAAUCAGAAGCUAAUAAUGAAGAAUGCAUUCAAGAAAUAGAACAGCAACAAAAUGAAGUAGGUGAAAAAAUUGAAGAGAAUUUCAUAGACAAUGAUUCGAAUGCAUCAAAGCUGGAAGCUAAGUCAUAUACACCAAUGGUGGUGGAUUCUGGCUUUGACGAGCAACGGACAACAUUAUCAAACAUGUCAGAUCUUGAUGGUCUUAAAAUGACAGUCAAAAAUCUCCAACUAGAAAUUGAAAGACUUCAAUGGUACCAUCAACAAGAAAUAGCUGAAUUGAAGCAUAAUGCAGAUUUAGUUCUUCUGGAAAUGAGAGCAAGCAUAGAAGCAGAUAAACAAAGAGCAAUAACGGAAUUGAUGCAACAAAGUGAAAGAGAAAAGCAAAAGGCUGUAGACGAAACAAAGAAGAAACAAUGGUGUGCUAAUUGUGGAAAAGAAGCUGCAUUCUAUUGUUGCUGGAAUACAAAUUACUGCAAUCACACAUGUCAGCAGACACACUGGCCUAAACACAUGCUUGCCUGUGGUCAAUCUAAAUCUGACACUCAUCUUAUACAGAAACCCCAGCAAUCAUCUAAACACAUAAAGGAAGAAACAGCACUUCCCGUAUCCAUACCUUCGACAAAACUCAUUCCUUCACAGCAGCUGGGAUCAAUACUAUCAAACAGCCAACCCAAGUCAUCUCUCAUUAUCCAACCUCAGUUUUCUCAGGUUCAAUACAUUCCGUCAAAUACAGUACAGGUCAUACCACAGACAUCAUCGAUCUUGGGUGCAACCGGACAGCCCGUUCAGAUUCAAUACUUUGCCAACAUACCUUCUGUAUCUAGAUCGUCACCUCCAUUUCUGAACGUGGAGAGUCCCCCUUUCGCUCUGGCCACUCCUUCGACUUCUCUUUCGAUAUCUCCCGCUUCCAACCAGGGGAACGAUCAGACAUGAGAGAUUUCUCCAUUUUUAUUUUAUCGACUUAUUUAAAGUUUAUUUAUUUUCAGUUGUUUUGUUAGUAUCAAGAUCAUAGCAUCUAGUGAUAAAAUUUCAAAAAGGUAACAAAAAAGUAAAUGUUAAUUUACUGAAUAAGUACUUUUCAGUUUUCUCAUCUUAUUUUUAGAAUCAGUUUUGUAAUAAGCUCUAAUAUUAUAAACUGGGUUUUUUAAGCAAAGACUUGGCUUGUAAACAAAACAUAGUGACAAAAAUAAUCAUAUUCAUCAUUCAUUUUACAUUGUACAAAAUAUAAAUCCAAUAAAUAUUCUUAUUUUUUGAAAGAUUGUAAUUUAAUA